AUGAAGCUUUACCCAUCCCUUAGCUCCGACCUAGCGGAAUGGGCCUCCCGCCAACCCGUCUUCUUUACGGCCUCCGCUCCGACCCACCUCCCGCAUAUUAACGUCUCCCCGAAGGGUCUCUCCGCCCACUUUGCCGUACUCUCACCCAACCUGGUCGGUUACAUUGACCGCACCGGUUCCGGCUGUGAGACCAUCGCUCACAGCUACGAGAAUGGUCGUCUGACGAUCAUGUUCAUGUCCUUUGGUUCUGCACCUCGCAUCCUCCGCCUCUUCUGCAGAAGCAGGAUCGUGGAGUGGGACCAUCCGGAGUUUGACUCGUGGAUGAAGCGCAUUAUCCCUCAGGGAGAGACCGGCAAGAACCCUUACGACGGCGCCAGAGCUGUCGUUCUCGGCGAGGUAUGGGAGGUCCAGACGAGCUGCGGAUUUGGCGUGCCCAUGGUCAGGAAGGAGCUCUACGCCCCUGACGUAGCUUCUCAAGAUGGCACCCUAGAAAAGGCCGAGGGUCAGGGGACCCCUGCGGAUGAGUUAUCUGUCUUUGAAGAGCGUCCUACCCUUGACAAUUACUGGAAGAAACGCGCCGACAACAACACCAUCCACAAGUACCAGCUUGAGACCAAUCUCACCUCUCUCGACGGCCUCCCGGGGCUCAAAGCCGCACGGAAGGCCGCAGGGGAGGUGUUCUGGUUGACGGACGCCAAGGUCAGAGCCACCCGCGCGGCGCGGGAGACCCACGGCAUCCUCUUGGGCCUCUUCAUCGCCCUCAUUAUCUACGGUGUUUCUGCUUUGGUCAAAUGA